AUGAAGAGCAACGGAGGAUUUGAACGUGUGCUCAGCUACUUUGAUGAAGAUGGAGAUGGAAAGAUUUCGCCUUCAGAGCUGAGGCGGGGACUAGGCUUGAUGGGUGGAGAGUUAUUGCAAAAGGAGGCAGAGGUUGCAGUGGAGUUGCUGGACUCAGAUGGAGAUGGCUUGCUGGGUUUGGAGGAUCUUGUGUGUUUGAUGGAAGGUGGGGAAGAAGAGGAGAAAGUGAAGGGAUUAAGAGAUGCUUUUCAAGUGUAUGACGUGGAAGGAUGUGGGUUCAUUACACCCAAGAGCUUGAAGAGAAUGCUUAGCAGCUUAGGUGAAUCCAAGUCAAUUGAUGAGUGUCAAGUGAUGAUCAAUCAGUUUGAUUUGAAUGGGGAUGGUGUUAUCAGCUUUGAAGAAUUCAGAAUAAUGAUGCAGUGA